AUGGACGACGACUUUGAGGAUCUCUUGCGCGAUGAAACGUACGAGGAGCAGGUAGACCAGUCUGUCUUGAAACGAGACACUCCGAAACCAUCAGCCGUGACCCAAGCGGCACCCUCUUCAAACGAAAUAAGACUCGGGCGAAGGGUGCUGGAGCUGGAGAAGGAGCGCGACUCCUUGGCUACCGAAUUACAAGCUCUCAAGUCUCGCUUACCAACUCACGCGAAUCCCACGGUCCCCAUUCAACAUCCUUCAGCAUCUUCCGCCCCCGAGACAGAUCAGCCAGUGGACAUACCGCCACCUCUCCUCCCGCUUAUGAAUACCCUGAGAACUCACAUCGCUGAGCUUACUCGAGAUAACCAGGCGUUACGGCAAACGUUCCUCGGACAGGCCAUACCGAGAAGAGGGCCCAUAAGUCAGGUUGCGACCCCUAUAACCGCUCAGACGGCUACUCUGCCGAACGCCCUGGCCCCUCCUGUGGCAGCUGGGAUACUGCAAGAAGACGAAGAGAUGGACGCUUUACCAGAGGCCGGUACGUCGGAGAACUUGUCGCCACAUUCGGCUUUGGCACCUAGCCGAGAGAGCGCGGCAGGCUUGGACCUGGAGCGCGUACUGGAGACUGUGAAAACGCUCGUACAAGAGAAUGAGGAGCUGGGUGAGAUGGUGCUGGAAGCAGGGAGGGGAAGUGGUUCUGAUUGGCAAACAUCCUUGGAAGAAUCCAAGGCAGUCAUUGAGAGUCUAGAUUCCGACCUCUCACACCAUCUUUCCGUUGUACAAGCCACACGUGCCGAGCUCGAAACAUAUCAAAACCACUUCGGUCCCCUUCCCUUCAAUAUCGCGCCCAACGCUACUGCACACCCUAAUGCCAUUGCUCCAUCAGGUACUCCAACAGCUUCCAGAGGCCUACCCUCAUUUGUCGGAAGACCGACACCCACAGGUCCUUCAGCAGCUCAGCAGGGUAGGGGCCCCCGACCUUUCGUUCCCAAGCAGCCAGGGCAGGGGCAAGGGCAAGGUAUAGGGAGAGGCGGAAAGCCGGGAUUCCAACCCGCCGCUGGAGUCCGCCGGCCGUUCAGUAAUGGACCUGGGAACGGGAGUGGAUUCUCGCCGGGGAAUGCCCCAGCAUCGGGGCAAGCUGGAGGAGAUGGGCCGACUACAGGCCAUGUUAGAGGAGGAAGUGCGGGGCAGGGACAAUCUUUGAGACAAGAUGAGAGGGGAUUCAAGAGGCGAAAGUGA